CAUGGAAAGCAGAGAAAUUUAACUGUCCAAGUCACCAGCAGCUACGCUCCUACUUUAACGCAUGCGCAUACGCGGUAGCUAGCCGCACGCCGUGCCUGCUACGCCUUACCGCGCAAGGACGCUGUACGCGGUGCUCACCGAACAGGUUGGACACGAGAAUUCGGACGCACGUUUCUGCACGUCGGCCCCCGUUUUGCAAGCAGUUGGAACUCUUCCGCGCCCCCGACCGGAAACCAGCCGCCGCUGGGAAGCCGAGUACGGAAGUGGGAGGAGACGGGUCCGCCGCGCAUAUUCAUUGGUGGCCUCUCACUAUAGAUCCCGCCCCCAGGCCGCGCCGCAAGCCCCUUUGGCGACCCACUUCCGGCAAAGGGCGGAACAGGCGGGCAGGUGGAGGCGGGGUUAAGAUGGCGGCGCCUUUGAGGAUUCAAAGCGACUGGGCCCAAGCUCUCAGGAAGGAUGAAGGGGAGGCCUGGCUGAGUUGUCACCCUCCAGGGAAACCAACUUUGUAUGGCAGCCUAACUUGUCAAGGAAUUGGCCAGGAUGGCAUUCCAGAAGUUACAGCUUCAGAAGGAUUUAUUGUGAAUGAGAUAAACAAGAAAAGCAUUCAUAUUUCUUGUCCAAAGGAAAAUGCAUCCUCGAAGUUUUUGGCACCGUACACUACUUUUUCCAGAAUUCAUGCAAAGAGUAUAACAUGCCUGGACAUUUCCAGUGGAGGCGGCCUUGGUGUGUCUUCUAGCACUGAUGGGACCAUGAAGAUCUGGCAGGCUUCCAAUGGCGAGCUCAGAAGAGUUUUGGAAGGACAUGUGUUUGAUGUGAAUUGUUGCAGGUUUUUCCCAUCAGGCCUUGUGGUUCUGAGUGGGGGAAUGGAUGCCCAGCUGAAGAUCUGGUCAGCUGAAGAUGCUAGCUGUGUGGUGACCUUCAAAGGUCACAAAGGAGGUAUUCUGGAUACAGCCAUUGUUGAUCGAGGGAGGAAUGUGGUGUCUGGUUCUCGAGAUGGGACAGCACGACUUUGGGAUUGUGGACGCUCAGCCUGCCUGGGUGUCAUUGCAGACUGUGGUUCUUCCAUCAAUGGAGUGGCUGUGGGUGCUGCUGACAACUCCAUAAACCUUGGCUCCCCUGAGCAGACGCCUAGUGAACGGGAGAUUGGAACAGAGUCAAAAAUGCUGCUGUUGGCACGGGAAGAUAAGAAACUUCAGUGCUUGGGACUGCAGAGCAGGCAGCCGGUGUUCCUCUUUGUUGGCUCAGAUGCCUUCAACUGCUGCACUUUUCUCUCUGGCUUCUUGCUAUUGGCUGGGACACAGGAUGGAAACAUUUAUCAGCUGGAUGUGAGGAGUCCAAGGACUCCAGUACAAGUCAUCCACAGAUCAGGAGCACCAGUUCUGUCCCUGCUGAGUUUCAGAGAUGGAUUCGUUGCUAGCCAAGGUGAUGGAAGCUGCUUCAUUGUCCAGCAAGACCUAGACUAUCUCAUUGAGCUCACUGGGGCUGACUCUGAUCCUGUGUACAAGGUAGCCACAUGGGAGAAGCAGAUCUACACAUGCUGUCGGGAUGGUCUCGUGCGACGCUAUCAGCUCUCUGACCUCUGACCCCUUGGGAAAGGAUUCAUAGUUAAUGAAAAAGAUUGACCCUAAUCAACAAAAAGCAAAAUAGUCAUCAGUCCUUCUCAAGGAUCAUGGCCCUUUAUUGUUUUGGGCACCCCUUGGAAGUCACAGAAAAGCAGCUGCAUUGGCCCAUGCGGAAGUAUCAUUCCAUGACAAGACCUACUGUGAACUGAGUAAGAAGCUAACGUGUUCCCUGUAUAAACUUACCCCAAGAACACAGGGCAAGGAUAUGGAUCCUUACAGUUUGAUCUCAUACCAUUAUGUUAAAUGUUUACAAGGACUAGAGGACUAAAGCUUGUUCUCUGAUGGAAAUAAAGAGAAUGUAUUGUAAGGAGUCUGAAUUUGAAAAACUUUGUUAAAUAUUCUUACUCCAGCAAAGUCAUUCAAGAUGAUGGAACUCCUUUCUCAGGUAUUUCCUGUUGGCCUGGCCAUGGAGAAACACUACUUACUAGCACCAAAUACCCCUUCAGCAGGAACCUGGGAAAGAUUCUUAUACAGGUAGGAAAACCAAGGACUGAGGGGUUUUCUGCUACAUGGGACUUUUAGUCCUAGGCAAACUGAUAUGAUUCAUCAGUCCUUGUACAGGUGAUAACGUUAAAUCCUAGCUUCGUAAAGGCAGUGGCUGAGUGUGGUCCCUGGAACAGCCAUAUCAGUAUCACCUGAGAACUUGUUAGAAAUAGAAAUUCCUAGGCCCCAUCUCAGCCCUAAAUCAGAAAUUCUGUGGGCAGAGCCAACCAGGUGAUCCUGAUGCCUGCUAAAGUUUGAGACCUAGAGGAAGAGAUAGCAAAGGGCACUUUAAUCAUAGCUGGAACCCAGCAUUCAUAGGAUAGUGAGGCUAGUCUAUAGACAAUGAGCCUGGAGAGGCUGGCCAAAUAGUGAAGGGGCUUGAGUGCCCGGUAAGGAGCUUGAGUUGCAUUUGGUUGGCAAGAAACCUACUACAGAAGAGUUUUAAACAAGGGUUUGUAACAUGGUCACCACCUCUUUUUCCCCUUAAAUAUAAAAAUGGAGUCAUAAUGUAUGUAUUUUGUGUUUUAUUUUCACUUAGAAUCUUAGAGUUCUUUCUUAGUACAUUUAGACCUUCAUCAUUCUUUUUAAGACUUCCCAGAGUUUUACAUUUUACAUUUUAGAGAUUACUAGAGAAAAGGUUUCUUGGAGGAUAUAACACUUGAGCUGAGCAAUGUAGGCUAACGUCUGGGUUUAUUUAAGGGAAGAAGCCAGUUUCUGGCUGGGGGAACAGUAUGGUUCUGAGCGUUCGUAGGUAUGUUCUCAGGUAAUGUUUAUAACUUCACUAUGACAAGCAGGUAGUGAGACUCAAAUAAAUUGAUUUGCUAAGGGUCAUAGGGAGCAAGAACUUGAAUAUAGUUUAUCUUAACUUUAAAUCCAUUUUUUUCUACCUGUUGUAUAUGCCUAAAUUGUGAAAAUAAAGUAUUCAUUGAAUA